AUGUCUACUUUCUAUAACGGACAAGAGAAGAAACCACUAGAACAACAGCAACCACAGCAGUCAGAUGGCUCAGUCUACCUGCCACCUAUUCAGCAGAGAAACUUAGAUGUCGGUCAAAAGAGAACUGUGCCAUGGACCCAAGAUGGCAGAGAGACCAAGACCCAAAAGGUAUUGAUUUCAGCGGAUGAAAAGAGAGUAGAUAAAAAACUAGAUGUUACUCAACAACCACAGCAAAUGCAAGUAUCCCAACUCACAAGCCAGCCCCAACCACAAUCGCUACCACAACAGCAACAGCAACAGCCAGCAACAGCAGCACCUGUCAUCACAAGCGCAACAACCACAACAACAGCCAGUGCGUUCAAUUCUGGCACUAUCAGACAGCCCUAUACUUCGGUGUACAACGAUCAGGCCAUCAUACAUCAACGUGUAAAUCGACCCAAGCUAAAGCUGGACGACUUUAACAUAUCUCGAACAUUGGGUACAGGCUCUUUUGGUCGAGUGCAUUUAAUACAAUCCAAAGUCAAUGCCAGAUUCUAUGCAAUGAAGGUGUUGAAGAAGACUGAGGUCAUCCGAUUGAAACAAGUAGAGCACACCAACAAUGAAAAGCACAUUUUGGAGUCUGUUGCUCAUCCGUUCUUAGUCAACAUGUGGGGUACAUUUCAAGACAGCAACAACCUGUACAUGGUCAUGGAUUAUGUUCCCGGUGGCGAGCUAUUUUCAGUGCUAAGAAGAUCACAGCGUUUUCCAGAUCAUGUUGCGAAAUUCUAUGCUGCCGAGGUGAUUUUGGCUAUUGAAUAUCUGCAUUCAAAAGACAUGAUAUAUCGUGAUUUGAAGCCAGAAAAUCUAUUGUUGGACGCACAGGGUCAUAUCAAGAUUACUGAUUUUGGUUUUGCUAAAUAUGUUCCAGAUAUAACAUGGACAUUAUGUGGAACACCUGAUUACCUUGCGCCCGAGAUUAUUCAGUCAAAGGGUUAUAGUAAAGCUGUCGAUUGGUGGAGUUUGGGCGUUCUUAUCUAUGAAAUGUUGGCAGGCUACCCACCAUUUUUUGACGACGAUCACCUGAAAUUAUACGAAAAGAUUUUGGCAUGCAAGAUCAAAUGGCCUACCUAUUUUGAUGUAAAUGGAAAGGAUCUUUUGAAGCGACUAUUAACGCCUGAUUUGACAAAGAGAUUUGGUAAUUUGAAGGCUGGAAGUGAGGAUAUCAAGCGCCAUGGUUGGUUUACUGGUGUGGAUUUCAAUCGUAUUUUGGCACGUCAAAUUAGAGCACCCUAUGUACCUCAAAUCAGAGGCGAGGGUGAUGCUAGCCAUUUCGAUAAAUAUCCAGAGACUCAAGAACAGUACGGUAUCACUGGUCAAGCUGAUCCGUAUAGAAAUUUAUUUCCUGAUUUUUAA